AAAUCCUUGACACAACAAACCUCAAAUGUUGAAUUUCCAUACAUAUACAAAAAUUCGUCACCCCAGCCCAACAAGAAAGUGGAAGAAGUAUGCCUACCAUUUCACCUGAUGACCAGUUAUGCCGAUACAAGUCCGAUACAAACAAACUUACCGGUCUUGUAACGGACUAAAGUCACGUGAUAGGUCUCUGACAGCGACGACUCUUCCUCAGCAGCUCCUUGGGACUCAAUAUCCCAAAUAAAUGGACGAAGAUACUUGAUCAAGAUUGAUUUUGUCACCGAAUCACCUAAAUUGCUCUAAAAGAGGGCCAGGAAAGCGAGCCCAACGAAGCCCCAAGCUCUCAUCCGAGUGGGUCGUUAUUGUGACCCGGAGGUACGGGCAACGUCACAAGCCUCCUUGCAUUUUGGAUAUGUCGACGCCCAUAACCAGACGCAAUCGUGCCCCGGCCUCCUGUGAGCCUUGCCGAGAGAGAAAAACUCGAUGUGAUCAUAGGAAACCAGUUUGUGCUUCCUGUCAGCGCCGCGGGCUCGACUCUCGAUGCUACUAUCAUCCUGCACCUCUUACCAAAAACCCGACUGGACACAGGCCCACCGUGCCGACGCUACCGCGAUCAAGCCAUGCUGCACCACCAUGGAGCAGGAAAAGCUCUAAAGGCCGUCUUGGCCGGUCCGCAGCUGGCGCUCCCAAAUUUCACACAUGGCCGUUCAUGUCGAGCGUCUCCAGCGACGCACUGCCACAGACUCCAACGCCUGGGUCCCACGGCAGCAAAGCAUACCAUGCUCACUUAGCCACCAUGAAGGAGAUUGUGGCUCAAUUGAAGUAUCUUCCCGUCAUUGAAAAGUCUAUUCACCAAUAUUAUUGUUUCAAGCAAAAUGCGCUCGUACCGAAGCCGGUCGUUCUCCGCCUAUUGGAAACGGUCCGAGCCGAUUUGGUAUCUUCAGGCAACAUUCUUGGAGAAACCGAAGAGCGAAUCGAGCUUGGCGACGUAUCUGAAGUCCCAGAGGCUGUGCUUCGUUCCUCCUCCACAGAGGUUGUCAUUCCACCAUCUUUGGAUUCGCACGGUUUCUGCUCCUUGUUCUGUGGCACAAACCUUCGGGUGGAGACGCUCGGUCUUUUCUACACCAUGACUGCACGCGCGUCGCUCUUUUUUGUUGACCGAGAAGAAGACAAGGAUGACUCAUUUGUCCAAGACAUGGUUUGGUAUAGCAAGCUGAGCUUACAACUGGCUCGGGACCUUGCUCCUCAGUCAACCGACCUUAUGAUAUGGUUAGCAAAUGAAAAUGUGCAAUUGCUAUCAUUUCUUGAAGGAGAUGCGAGCCUUGGUGUGUGGCGAUUGGUAGGUGAUCUCGCGACUGAUCUAUUGGCCCUGGGCUUGAAUCGGGAAGAAACAUAUUCCCCCAAAAAGACACCAUUUUUUCUUGCAGAAUGCCGAAGAAGAUGUUUCGUCACUGAAUAUUAUCUCGAGAAAAUGUUCGGCCUGGUUUUUCAUCUUCCCCCUCGAAUUACGGCCCAAUAUGUCGAUGUCAAUCUCCCCCUUGAUUUAUCGGACGAUGAGCUGUUUGCUGAGAGCCCCGAGGAAUUGGAGGCAUUCAAAAGUCGAUUGACGGAGGAUGGCUGGAAUACAGAUGGAAAAUACAGGGCAGCAACAUAUGCUCGACUACGCUAUAUCUUGAGUCAGUUUCGGGAAGAAAUUAUUGAAUAUCAAUUUCAAGCAUCAGAGGCAGCCGACUCCUCGAAGUUGAGGGAUUUGUCUUUGCGGUGCCGUCAGACUUGGGAUAAUUUGCUUCCCCACCUACGGUAUAGCCAGGCUUGUUGGAAGUCUGACAUACCUCUUACCGUUUGCUAUAUGAAUGCGAAGGUUCACCUGGCCUAUCUCCAAAUACAUUUUCAAAUAUACCUCGUUCUGGGGGAAGAUAGUUCCUCGCCGAUUCCAGAGUUGCUUGAUGUGUCUGCAGAUAUACUGGAGACAGUUGUGCAGCUGGGAAAUUCUCGCAGCAAAGGUGCUUUCACCUUUAACGAUUUACCUGAGAUCCUUCUCUCUUGUGGCUUGUCUUCUGCUGCAGCUCUUUUGGCUGCACUGGAAAAUCUCGCACAAGAUCCUUUGAAGAGUCUUCCGCCUGGCAUCAAGACCUCGGCGCUCAUUCGGAACAUUUCAGUGCUGGCUUCGCAGUUGGAAAGUGUGGCCAGUCCCCGGGAAAGAAACCAAGUAUUCUGCUUGCAGGCUGCAAAGGCCAUUACGGAGAAGUUGGACAAGAUCAUAGACAAUUUUGCAACGUCUAAUUCUCUGGAAACGCCCGACAUCACGAUAAACACUGAUGUGAGCCCAAUGUCAAUUUUGACACCUAAAGUCGCCAGCUCCUCCGGUGGGUAUGAGGAAAUCGAUGCUAUCAAUCUUGAGGAUUAUGAGAAUUUUGAUCUGCUGUCCUGGGCAAUCAAUGUUGACCUCGGGACUUCGGCAAGUGAUUGGACUAUGAUUUAG